GUUCAAAUUCAUCAACUUCGGUAUCCUUGGUACCUAGUUAUUCCCUCCCUACCUAAGGCGUGCUCUUGGGCCCGGUGUGUGACUUAUUGUGACCUUCCGUUCCUGGCUUGCCGUCCUUGGCUCAUGCAUAAGCUGCCGGACGUGCCCACAAUGAGUGGAAUCAGUGGAUAACAGUGGAUGCUCUCCCUCCGACUCGCUGUGGUAUAGGCCCGAUAUCCCCUCUAUCCACUUGCACCUCGUUGAGUUCACGUCGGACUCGUCCACUUUCAUCUGCGUCGUUACCGGGGCCUACCGCACGCCGUGGUGUUGUGGUAAAGGCACAAACCGAGUCAUUCCGGUCCGAUCCCGCUCUGGCAGGCCGAUCCUCCCCACACCGAGCUCUGAUCCCGAUCCCGGUUCCGAAAGGCACCGGCAAGAGACAACACCAUCAAACAUGGCGGACCAGUCCACGGCGCUCCCGCUCACCCGCGAGUCGGUGCAGGCCGCACACAAGUUGAUCGAGCCCUAUAUCCAUAAGACGCCGGUGCUGACCAACGCCACGCUCAAUCGGCUGGCGUCCACCCCACGGACUGAAGCCGAGCUCGAGGGCACCGAGUGGGCCGGCCGCGCCCCGGCCAAGCCUGUCCUGAGGUUCUGGUUCAAGUGUGAGAACUUCCAAAAGAUCGGCGCCUUCAAGGCGAGGGGCGCCUUUCAUGCCAUUGAGCGGCUGAAGCAGGAGCCGGGGUGGGCCGAAAGGGGCGGACGGGAGCGAGGGGUUGUCACGCACAGCUCCGGCAACCACGCCCAAGCCCUCUCCCUCGCCGCCCUCACCUCAUCCAUCCCAGCUCACAUCAUCAUGCCCUCAACCUCGUCCCCCGCCAAAAUCGCCGCAACCCGCUCCUACGGCGCCCACAUCACCUUCUCCGGCCCGACGGCACCUGAACGCGAAGCCGUCACGUCCCAGAUCCUCUCCCAGACCAACGCCGCCUUCAUCCCGCCCUACGACCACCCUUACAUAAUCCUCGGCCAGGGCACCGCCGCGCUCGAACUCCUCUCCCAAACCCCAACCCCCUUAGAUGCGAUAAUAACCCCCUGCGGCGGAGGCGGUCUCCUCUCGGGAACCGCCCUCGCCUGCGAGGGGACGCGCACCCUCGUCUUCGGCGCCGAACCCUCCCUCGACGGCGCAGACGACUGCCGGCGCGGGUUACUCUCCCACGCCCGCGUCGAGACGGUCCCCGCGGCGCGCACCAUCGCCGACGGGCUGCGCACGCCCGUGGGUAAGAUCCCCUGGAGCAUCAUCCACGACCGGGGCUUGGUUCGGGCCGUGUACGCCGUGAGCGAGGACGAGAUUAGGAAGGCCAUGAGGCUUGUUUGGGAGCGAAUGAAGAUUGUGGUGGAGCCGAGCGCGGUGGUGGGGUUGGCGGCGGCGUUAUACAACGAGGAGUUUCGGGCGAUGGUGGAGCGCGACGGCGGCAAGGCCGGGUGGGAUCUAGGGGUGGUGUUUUCCGGAGGAAACGUGAGUCUCGAGAUGAUGGGGAAGUUGUUUGCCGAGGAGUGACGAAAUUGGGAGCGGGGGACAAGGGAAAGGAAGACGAGCUCAGAAAUCAAAUAUCGCCGUCAGCUAGAGUAUAUGUACAGUUUACAGCUGAACCCCCCAUUAUAAAGCAAUUCCAGUGCAGAUCAAGG